UAUCAAGAAAGCAUGGCUCACCUGGGUGAACGUAAAUGGACUCACAUGUUCCCUUUCCUGAUGGUCUCCCUGGUGUACUCUGCCAGUGCCGAAUACUCCAACUGCGGUGAGAAUGAGUACUACAACCAGACCACAGGCAUGUGCCAUGACUGCCCCAAGUGCGAGCCGGGUGAAGAACCUUACAUGACAUGUGGAUACGGCACCAAAGAUGAGGACUACGGCUGCAUCCCCUGCCCUUCAGAGAAGUUUUCCAAAGGAGGUUACCAGAUAUGCCGACGGCACAAGGACUGUGAGGGUUUUUUUCGAGCCACAGUCAUGACACCUGGGGAUCAGGAGAAUGAUGCAGAGUGUGGUCCCUGUCUCCCAGGUUACUACAUGCUGGAAAACAGACCUCGGAACAUCUAUGGGAUGGUUUGUUACUCAUGCUUGCUGGCACCACCCAACACUAAGGAAUGUGCAGGCACUAACUCUGGCAUUUCAGCCAUUUUCCCAAGCACCUCUGGCACAAGCACUUUCUCACCUUACCAGCAUGCUCACAAAGCAGAUCUUUCAGGACAAGGACAUCUGGCUACAGCUCUUAUAAUUGCUAUGUCUACUAUCUUCAUAAUGGCCAUUGCCAUUGUCCUCAUCAUCAUGUUUUACAUUGUAAAAACAAAGCCAUCUGCUCAAGCCUGUUGCAAGAGCCACUCAGUAAAAAAUGUCGAAGCUCAGGCUAACACACAAGAAGAGAAGAAAGAAGUGCAAGACAAUGUUGUGAUAUUCUCUGAGAAAGAAGAGUUUGAAAAACUUACAGCAACUCCAGCUAAGGCUGUCAAAAGUGAAAAUGAUGCAUCUUCUGAGAAUGAACGACUUUUAAGCCGGAGUAUGGACAGUGAUGAAGAAGCUGCAGUUGACAAGCAAGGGACUCCAGAGAGAUGCUUGUUAUCUUUAGUGCAUCUGGCCAGAGAUAAAUCUUCUACAAGCAAUAAAUCAACUGGGAUUCAAAGUCGAAGGAAAAAGAUACUCGACGUGUAUGCUAACGUAUGUGACGUUGCAGAAGGUCUGAGCCCUACAGAGCUGCCAUUUGACUGCCUGGAGAAGACCAGCCGAAUGCUCAGCUCGACCUACAACACAGAGAAAGCCAUAGUGAAAACGUGGCGUCACCUGGCCGAGAGCUUUGGGCUCAAGAGGGAUGAGAUUGGAGGGAUGACAGAUGGCAUGCAGCUGUUUGACCGCAUCAGCACGGCAGGCUACAGCAUCCCAGAACUGCUCACCAAACUGGUGCAAAUCGAGCGACUGGAUGCUGUUGAAUCCUUGUGUGCAGACAUUCUGGAGUGGGCACAAGCAAUGCCAGCUCCUGAACCAGCAGGGACAUCCUGA